AUGCUCGCCAUUCGCUCGUUCUUGCUCCUGUCCCUCGCCGGCGUCCUCUCCACUCUCGCGACCGCGCGCACCGACCCUCUUCGCCCUCUCCUCCACCCGGGCCACCUCUCGCACGAGUCACCUCUCCAUCCUUCGGCGCUCUCGACCCGCUCCUUCCUGCGUGCACGCCAAGCAGUCCUCCCCGAAGCGGGACAAGUGACGGCGGCGCGAGGGGUCCAGGCGCAGCGCGAUGCCCACGACACGCUCUUCCGACUUCUCGCAAUCCUCUCGAGCUCGCCCCUCAGUGCAUCGACGACCACGUCCGUCACGAGCGACGACCCGCUCGACGCCAUCGCCAGCUUUGCCGCUGCCCAACGUCGGCCUGGCGCUGCCGCCCCUUCCGCCUCGCCCGCUCCAGUCCCGUCCGGGCAUUCGCUCGCUCGUCGCUCCCUGCCAGCGCGAGUCGACCGCGACCCGCUCACGGCGCUCACCGCCCUCCUCGACACGCUCGACCGCACCAUCUCGGUCCCGCUCGGCGACAUCCUCCCCUCGCUGCCGCCGGUCCUGCGCGACUCGGUGCGCGCCCUGCUCGAGUCGGUUGGCGACGAGAUGGCGGACUUGGUCGAGGGCGCACUGGUCCAAGGCGGCGUCGAGGUGGCAGGAGCCGAGCAGGUGUUGAUGACGCUCGGUCGUGACGGCGUCCAGGUCGAGGAGGACAAGGAGCAGAGGAUGGCGUCGCUGCUCAAGCUCGUCCGGGGGAGCGUCGCCGGCAUCUGA